UCGUUGGACCAUCUUGUGAAGGCACUUGAAUUGUCAUUUUAUCGGUAUUCGGUGGUAUUAUUGGACUCUCAGGUGUCAUGGUGGUGAUGAUAGAUUACCGUGUAUCACUGUGCGGUGGUGAUGGUACCUCGGUACUGCUUUAGUUUCAGGGAUUACCGUGAUAGCUCGUGUGUAAUUAUUGACAGCUAGUGGGCGAGAAGGGGACAGAGGGGAUAGAGGAAGAAAGCUCCUCAUUCACAGGGAGAACCGGAAUUUGAUACACCAAGGCGACUUGACAAGCCACCGCGAUGUCUUCGGUGAAGGUUGCGGUGAGGGUUCGUCCCUUCAACAACCGCGAAAUAUGUCGCGAAGCGCAAUGUAUCAUCGAGAUGGCAGGCAAUACAACAUCCAUCAUCAACCCGAAAGCUCCACCAGGCACAAAAGAAGCCAUAAAAAGCUUCAACUACGACUACUCCUACCACUCUAUGGACGCUGAUGAUCCCAACUACUCCUCCCAAAUAAUGGUCUACAAAGACAUCGGCGAGGAGAUGCUUCAGCAUGCCUUCGAAGGCUACAACGUCUGCAUCUUCGCGUACGGCCAGACAGGAGCUGGAAAAUCCUACACAAUGAUGGGAAAACAGGAGGAGGGACAAGAGGGUAUAAUCCCCCAGAUAUGCAAAGACCUUUUCCGCAGAAUCAGCAGCAAUACAAGUGACACCGUGAAGCACUCGGUUGAAGUGUCCUACAUGGAAAUUUAUUGCGAACGUGUUCGCGAUCUUCUGAAUCCAAAGAACAAGGGAAACCUGAGGGUCCGCGAGCACCCACUCCUCGGGCCCUACGUCGAGGACCUAUCGAAGCUCGCUGUGAUGUCUUACGAAGAUAUUCACGAUCUGAUUGACGAGGGUAACAAAGCACGAACAGUGGCAGCGACCAACAUGAACGAGACAUCGUCUAGAUCACACGCUGUCUUCACGAUAUUCUUCACCCAACAGAAGCACGACUCAACCACAGGAUUGGUUACUGAGAAAGUCAGCAAGAUAUCGCUUGUUGAUUUGGCCGGGUCUGAGCGUGCUGACUCAACUGGUGCCAAAGGAACAAGACUCAAAGAAGGCGCGAACAUCAACAAGAGUCUUACGACACUCGGCAAAGUCAUCAGUGCGCUUGCGGAGAUCGCGGCGACAAAGAAGAAGAAGAAGGCAGAGUUCAUACCGUACAGAGACUCGGUGCUGACAUGGCUGCUCCGAGAGAAUUUGGGGGGCAACUCAAAGACCGCGAUGAUUGCUGCUGUCAGUCCUGCGGACAUAAACUAUGAUGAAACACUGUCGACACUUAGAUACGCAGAUCGCGCUAAGCAGAUCGUCUGCAAGGCUGUCGUCAACGAGGACGCCAACGCCAAGCUCAUACGCGAACUCAAAGAGGAGAUACAGAAGCUUCGCGAGCUUUUGAAACAGGAGGGCAUAGACGUGCAAGAAGGGGAGGAUGCAGUGAUAAAGAAUGUAAAGAGAGAGGAGGACAUCAAGGAGGCGCGCCAGCGCUUACCGUCACAUCCAACUGCCGAAGAAGCUGUCGAACAGUUGCAAGCUUCAGAAAAACUCAUUGCAGAGUUGAAUGAGACAUGGGAGGAGAAGCUCAAGCGCACCGAGUCUAUUCGCCUCCAGCGAGAGGCGGUAUUCGCGGAAAUGGGAGUCGCGGUUAAGGAGGAUGGUGUGACAGUCGGUGUAUUCUCACCCAAGAAGACACCUCAUCUUGUUAAUCUCAAUGAGGAUCCACUCAUGUCGGAAUGUCUGAUUUAUUACAUCAAGGAUGGCUUCACGAGAAUUGGAUCGGCCGAGGCAAAUAUUCCUCAAGACAUUCAAUUAUGCGGACCCUAUAUUCUCAGUGAACACUGUGUCUUUGAGAAUCACGAGGGGGUAAUCACACUGAUGCCGAAAGCUGGUGCUCUGAUAUACGUCAAUGGCCGGGAGAUCAGUGAACCCAUUGUAUUGAAGACUGGGUCCAGGGUGAUUCUCGGUAAGAAUCAUGUGUUUAGAUUUAAUCAUCCCGAUCAGGUGAGGGAGCGUCGUGAGAAGAAUUCACCAGCGGAAACUCCGGGGAAUGGUGAAGCGCAAAAUGGAGAGACACCUGGCAAUGGUGAGACUGUGGACUGGAAUUUCGCACAGAUUGAAUUGCUGGAGAAACAGGGAAUCGAUUUGAAGGCGGAGAUGGAGAAGCGAUUGCUGACACUGGAGGAGCAGUAUCGAAAGGAGAAGGAAACUGCUGAUCAGCGGUUCGAAGAGCAGAGAAAGAAUUACGAGGCACGAAUAGAUGCCCUCCAGAAACAGGUUGAGGAGCAGAGUAUGACAAUGUCAAUGUACAGCAGUUACACUCCAGAAGAUUUCAACAACAUCGAGGAGGACAUAUUCGUCAACCCAUUGUUUGACGCAGAGAGCAACUGGAGCGAACGGGAGUUCCAGCUGGCUGCGUGGGCAUUUAGAAAAUGGAAGUAUCAUCAGUUCACUUCGCUGCGCGAUGAUUUGUGGGGCAAUGCGAUAUUUCUCAAAGAGGCUAAUGCCAUUUCUGUUGAACUCAAGAAAAGGGUUCAAUUUCAAUUUACCCUGCUUACGGACACACUCUACUCGCCCCUACCCCCGGACCUCCUGCCGGCCAUUGAGGACGACGAAGAGGAGGAGAGGCCCUUCCCCCGUACAAUCGUCGCUGUCGAGGUGCAAGACACCAAGAAUGGCGCCACUCACUACUGGACACUUGACAAACUACGACAGCGCUUGGAGCUGAUGCGUCACAUAUACAAUGAAGACUUGAGUCCCAGCACUCCGGAGGCCAAAGAGGAUAUAUUCCAAUGUCUCACGGCCUACUCUAAUCAGAGGUUCUCGCUCGCAAAUCUUUUGCCUUCGAGACAACGCCUAGAGUUGAUGAGAGAGAUGUAUCAUAACGAGGCAGAGCUUUCACCCACAUCACCGGAUUAUAAUAUCGAAAAUAUCACGGGUGGCGAUCCAUUUUACGACAGAUUCCCCUGGUUCCGCAUGGUUGGAAGAUCAUUCGUAUACUUGAGCAACCUGAUGUACCCAGUGCCUCUGAUUCACAAAGUAGCGAUCGUAAACGAGAAGGGUGACGUCAAGGGCUACCUUCGCGUCGCAGUGCAAGCAGUUGUCGAAGAGGAAAACAGUGAAUACUCGAGUGGAGUGAGACAGUCAGCCCGAAUUUCCUUCGACGACGAUCUCUUUGGGAAUCCCCGUCAGGGAAAACGGGGAACCCUGCUGACUCAGACUCUCGAGAAGAAUCAACAGAUUAUGAUGCAAGAGGAGCGAGUGGUGGAGGGUCAGACCGAGGGUAAAGAGGGUCUCAAGGACGAGGAGGAAGUGGGCGAUGCAGACAGUGGAAGGGGUGACAGCUCGGUGGCCAGCGAUAUGAAAGAGGAGGAGUUGCCUGAUCACCUACAAUCUGGGGUUGAGUUCACCUUCAGGGUGACAGUGCUUCAGGCCAUGGGUAUAUCCACGGAGUACGCUGACAUCUUCUGUCAAUUCAAUUUCCUACACAGACACGACGAGGCAUUCUCCACUGAGCCCGUGAAGAACACGGGCAAGGGGAAUCCCCCGGGUUUCUAUCACGUUCAGAAUAUCACAGUAACUGUUACCAAGUCAUUCCUGGAUUAUCUGAAAACUCAGCCGAUUGUAUUUGAAGUAUUCGGACAUUAUCAACAGCAUCCACUGCACAAAGAUGCCAAGUUAGAUUAUGGGGUCAGACAGCCGCCGAAACGCAUGCUACCACCGUCAAUUCCCAUAAGCCAACCAGUUCGUUCACCCAAAUUUGGUUCAGUCCUACCUUCUCCCAGCACUUCCCAUGUCCACGCAAAGUACGAUGUUCUUGUUUGGUUUGAGAUCUGUGAAUUGGCACCGAAUGGUGAAUACGUACCAUCAGUGGUCGAUCACAGUGACGAUCUUCCCUGCCGUGGAUUGUUCCUCCUGCAUCAGGGUAUUCAGCGUCGUAUUCGUAUUACAAUUGUCCAUGAACAGGCGUCUGAGCUUCGUUGGAAGGACGUGAGGGAGCUAGUUGUCGGCAGAAUUCGAAAUACUCCGGAGCCUGAGGAGGAGGACAACGAUUCCUCGGUGCUUUCACUGGGGCUCUUCCCAGGGGAGUAUGUCGAGAUUCCUGGUGACGACCGAUGUAUGUUCAGAUUCGAGGCCGCCUGGGACAGCUCUCUGCACAAUUCAGCUCUUCUCAAUCGGGUCACGUCCUACGGUGAGCAGAUCUUCAUGACGAUUUCUGCUUAUUUGGAGUUGGAGAACUGCGGCAGACCCGCUAUAAUCACGAAAGACCUCAGUAUGAUCAUCUACGGGAGGGACGCCAGGGUGGGCCCCAGGUCUCUCAAGCAUCUAUUCAGUGGUAGCUAUAGGAAUCAGGAAGCUAAUCGACUGAGUGGUGUCUACGAAUUGGUACUGAGAAGAUCCUCGGAAGCAGGUGUGCAGAGACGUCAGCGCAGGGUGUUGGACACAAGUUCUACUUAUGUUAGGGGUGAGGAGAAUCUCCAUGGGUGGCGACCAAGGGGCGACAGUCUCAUAUUCGAUCACCAGUGGGAGCUUGAGAAGCUCACGAGGCUGGAGGAGGUCGAGAAAAUAAGGCACACACUUCUACUCAGGGAGAAACUUGGAAUUGAUAAGGUGGCACUCUGUAACAAGACUAGUCACGACUUCACCAAGAGCGAGAAGGAGGUCUGCAAUAUGGUGGCAAAGGCGACUAACGAGCCCCACGCGAGUCCCGUAAAGCUCAAGAAAUCCGCGAGCAAAGAUGUCUACGAACCGUGGGAAAUGACUGAUCACGAGAAGGAGCUGGCGACAAAAUACGUCAAGCUGAUUCAGGGAAGAAUUCCGAGUAAAGAGCCAAUAGUCCUCUCAGACGUAUCCCCAGGUGACGACACCAUAACCGAUAUGUCGACCUCAAUGAUGUCGUCUGUUGUAUCAUCGUCAUCUCAAGAGUUGAGCUCACCAGAACGGGCUAGACUCCAGGAGCUCCAGGAGAGUAUGAUGGCGGGUGAAUCGGCUAGUCAGUCUAGUUCCCUGGCACCAGCACCACUGGGCUCUACUUCACCAUUGAAGGAGAGUCUGGUGCUGUAUGUGCCGGAGGUCGAGGAGAUCCGCAUAAGUCCAGUCAUCGCGAGGAAGGGAUACCUGAAUGUUCUCGAGCACAAGACCAAUGGAUGGAAGAAGAGAUGGGUGGCUGUUAGGAGACCGUACGUCUUCAUCUUCAGGGAGGAGAAGGAUCCUGUUGAGAGGGCGCUCAUCAAUUUGGCCACGGCGCAGGUCGAGUAUUCCGAGGAUCAGCUGGCCAUGGUUAAGGUGCCGAAUACUUUCAGCGUUGUCACUAAGCACAGAGGCUACCUACUACAAACCCUCGGCGACAAAGAAGUUUACGAUUGGUUGUACGCAAUAAAUCCACUUCUCGCCGGUCAAAUAAGAUCCAAACUAGCCCGCAAAGGACCCACGACGAAUUCAACAAUAAUCACCCUAACUGCUCCACCUCCCGACACACAGACGCAGGCCAAGUGAGUCGCGGAAUCGCUGGCCGAGUACGUGAGUGUCAUCACCAAGGCUUCAAAGGGAAUAAUGAGACGAUCCCAUCGAGUCAUCGAGGCCCAGGACUUUUGUAGAUUUCGAUUCACGGUGAUCUUCGAGUGAGUUAUCACAGUCAUUGAUUUUUCACGAAAAUUUUGUUACGAUGUGGGUGAAUACGUGUGAACAAGUUUAGUAGAAAAAUCUGGCGUUUCUCUGGAAAUUCUAUAGAAUUUCUGCUAAAACUAUAAGCAUUCUAUCAAACAAUUCUAUUGAAAAAUAUGCAACUUCCCCGUGCGGUUUUUAAAAAUACGUUCGGCUAUAGAAAAAUGUCUAUAGACGUUAAUUUUUCUGUAAGAAUUUUUGGGGAUGAAUUUUUUAAGUCAUGAGAAAGUAAAAAUAUAGCGGAAAA